AUGAACACAAAUGAAAGUAUCAAUUCAUCCAAUAAUUAUAGUAGUUCAAGUACAUCUCCAGCGUCAUUUAACUUAGCAGGAGAAACAGUAGCCAUUCCAACCAUAGCUUCAGCAUCCUCGCUAUCUUCGUUGACAUUACUUCGUGAUCGAUGUCGGCGGUGUCAACAACUUGUCUAUGUCACGGAACGCAUCGGUCCUGUGAAAGAUUCUCUUUAUCAUAAACUAUGCUUUAAAUGUUUAAAAUGUGAUCGUCAAUUAGAUUUCAAAACUUACUUUACCAAUUCGAUCGAUUUAAGUGACAAAGAAAUCUAUUGUCAAAGUCAUGUACCUCGGUCUGGUAAAGGUGUUUUCUCCACAGAAAACAUUCAUAUACAAAAUGUUAUGAAAGCACCCAAGUUAAAUUUGAUGCAAAAGCUCGAUGAUCGUUUAAAAAGUACAAAUCUAGACUCUCAAUCUGUUUCCAUUGCUCACGCUAUGAAAGCUCAACAAUUACUUCAUCUAGGCCGAGAGAAGAUCUCAGCGAUACACAAGUUUCCUGCUCUACCACCUGAUGUGCUACAUGCUCGUGAAGAAGUACGUCGUGCUCAAAAAAGUUUAGAAGAUAAACAUCGCGAGGAAGAAGAUCAGUUAUUCAAAAAAUUCCAAGUGGAUCGUCAAUUGGAAGAAAAGAAACUUGAACGUGAAGUUACGGAUGAAUGGGAAAAACGAUUGCAAUUAUUAACGGCCAGAUACGAAGAUGAUUUACAGAAAAAACGAGAUCAAAGUAUUGAACGAGAAUUAACUCUUCGUUUUAAAAAAGAAAAAGCCGAACUAGAACAAAACAUGACAUUGAAACGAGAGAAGAAACGUGAACUUAUUCGUAAACAACUAAUGGAAAAAGAACAAGAAUCAACCCAUUCGCUUGUUUCAAAAUUCAGCAAAGAAAUGAUAACAUUAAUACAAGAAAAAGAAUUAGCUGCUUUAACUGAAAACGGUCUGGAUGACCUACAAUCAGCAAACACAUUUUCCCUUCGUCAGCCGCCGCCGCCUCAACCUCCGCAUCAUCGUAAACGUGAUCUUUACCAAGAUCCAUCUAUAUUCGAACAUGUCGAUCAACAAGCCAUCGCUGUCGCUGAGAGUGAUCAAACAUCCUACACUGAAUUAGUCGAUCAAUUAACAUACGGUCUCACAACAGAUCUUGAAAAAGCCAGUUAUUUUAAGUUCUUGUGGCUAUUUUCCGGUGGAUUACAGUUAAAGAUUUAA